AUGUCGAACGCUAAGAACGCCACCACUGACGCUGCCGCUUCCAAGGAGAGCCACUCCGAUGCUAAGGCUACUGCUAACGCUGCUGCUGCCCAUACCAGGCCCCAGCCAGUCGAUCGUGCUUACUAUGAGAAGAAGAUCGACAAGCUUAGCGAGGAGAUCAAGGGCCUUCAAGCUAAGGUUCACGAUCUCAACGAGAAAAUCCACGGCAAGUCCGAGGGUAAAGAUGAGUUCCUCCGCAAGCGCGAUCUGCUGAAACAGCAGAUGGACGAGCAGCAGAAGCUCGUGUCCGACUUGGAGACUAAGAGGAGCAAGACUCAGGAUGGUAUCCAUUCCAAACAGACUGAGGGACGUCAACUGCGUGCUGAAUUGAGUAGCAUGCAGAAGAAGUUGGGCUUCUCUACUGAGGACCAAAUCGAUGACAAGAUCGCUGAGAUCGAGUACAGGAUGCAUACUGAAUCCUUGGACCUCAAGAAGGAGAAGGAACUCAUUGACGGCACUAAGGCCCUUGUUCAGAAGAAGGACAGGGUCCAGAACUACUACUUCGCCCCUACUGCUCAGAAGAAGAAGGGCAAGCACAACAAGCAGGGCGCCAGCCAGGCUGCUUUCAAGCACGGUCUUGAUACCCUGCAGCUCUUCUCUGAUAUGAAGGUUGAUGCUCCUAAGAACAGGGACGAUGUUCCUAAGUGCCUCGAGGACCUCAACAAGAGGCUUGGCGAGUACAAGGAUCUCCAGAAGGUCGAAUACGAGAACCGUCAGAAGCGUCGUGAGGCUCGUGAGGCUGCUGCUAAGGCUGCCGCUGAGCAAGCUGAUGAGACUGCUAAGCAAGCUGAGACCACUGAGGUUACUGCUUGA